AUGUCUUCAGCUUCAGAGAAAGCGACUUUCAAUGCGAACUCCAAAUUCGUCCUUGUUGUUCAUGGGGGUGCUGGAACCAUGUCUCGAGCAAAUUCAACACCCGAGAAAGAAGCAGCAUAUCACGCAGGUCUCCGUGCUGCUCUCGAAGCUGACUAUCAAAUACUGAAAGAUGGAGGCGAAGCAAUGGACGCCGCAGUCGCCGCCGUCAACAAUAUCCUGUUCAAUGCUGGCAAAGGUGCCGUUUUUACCACUGCCGGACGCAACGAACUUGAGGCAUCUCUCAUGCUCUCAAGACCGCCUUCCACUCAUCCCGAAAUUCUGACAACGCGCCGUGGACUGGGACUUACACUCUUAACGUGUAUUCGGAAUCCUUCCCAGCUUGUGAGAUCCCUGUACCUGUCUUCUUCCAAAGCUCCCCAUGUCUUUUUGUCUGCUGCGCACGCCGAGGAACUGGCAGUCCAACAAGGUUUCGAGCUCGUCGACGCGUCAUACUUCUUCAGCCUCAAACGUUGGAAAGAACAUCGAGAAGGAUUGGGACUACCUGUUCUACCACUCCCUAUUACGAUUUCGUGCUCUAUCUUAUCUUAUCGACCUCAUCGUAAUCAUGCUAUGCCAACUUUCCGACUCUGA